GGCGGGGGCGGGACAUGGGCAUCUGUGCGAUCUUCGGGCCAAGAGUUCCAAGGCGGUUGUUCGCUAGCGCCCCCUCUGGCAGUCGUUGGCCCCCGAAUGGCCGCGGCGGUACUGCCUAGUAACUGUCGGUGUCUCGGUCGUCGUUUGUUGCCGUCGUUGCCUUCGUACGCGGCCGCCGCCGCAGUCGCCUCGCGUCCCUCGGGCGCCAUGGAGCCCGCAGCAGCCUCCUCGUCUUCUCCUCCCGCCUCCUGCCCUUCUCCUCCCGCCUCCUGCCCCGCCGCCGGCGAGAGUCCUCGGUGGCUCGGGACGCUUCGGUUUGACAACCGGGCGCUGCGGGCUCUGCCGGUGGACCCCUUGGAGGAGAACGUGCCUCGGCCCGUGGCGGGCGCCUGCUUCUCUCGGGUGCGGCCUACUCCGUUGCGGGCCCCGCGGCUCGUGGCCAUGUCCUUGCCUGCGCUGGCGCUGCUGGGCUUGAGGGAGCCAACGGCGGAGGAGGAGGAGGCCGCGCUCUACUGGAGCGGGAACCAGCUGCUGCCGGGAGCGGAACCCGCCGCCCACUGCUACUGCGGCCACCAGUUCGGCAGCUUCGCCGGGCAGCUCGGGGACGGCGCCGCCAUCUACCUGGGCGAGGUGCUGAACCCGAGCGGCGAGCGCUGGGAGAUCCAGCUCAAGGGCGCCGGCCCCACUCCCUACUCCCGGCAAGCAGACGGCCGUAAAGUUCUACGAUCAAGCAUAAGAGAAUUCCUUUGCAGCGAGGCAAUGUUUCAUCUAGGGAUACCCACGACCAGAGCUGGAACAUGUGUAACCUCUGAUUCAGAAGUUAUUCGGGACAUAUUUUAUGAUGGAAAUCCAAAAAAAGAAAGAUGCACAGUUGUCCUAAGAAUAGCGCCAACAUUUAUUAGGUUUGGAUCAUUUGAAAUUUUUAAGCCUCCAGAUGUAUAUACAGGACGUAAAGGCCCCAGUGUAAAUAGAAAUGAUAUUCGUAUACAAAUGCUUGAUUAUGUGAUCAGCACUUUCUAUCCAGAGAUUCUACAAGCACACUCGGACAACACUAAGAGGAAUACUGCUUUCUUUCAUGAAGUAAUGAAGCAGACAGCAAGGAUGGUUGCUGAAUGGCAAUGUGUCGGAUUUUGUCAUGGUGUGCUCAAUACUGAUAACAUGAGUAUUGUUGGACUUACAAUUGACUAUGGACCUUUUGGAUUUAUGGACAGAUAUGAUCCUGAAUACAUUUGCAAUUGGUCUGAUAACACAGGGCGCUAUGCUUAUAAUAAACAACCAGAGAUUUGUAAGUGGAAUCUAGGAAAACUUGCUGAAGCUUUAGUCCCAGAACUGCCCUUGGAAAUCAGCGUACCCAUUUUGGAAGAAGAAUACGAUAAAGAAUACGAAAGAAAUUAUUUGCAGAAAAUGAGAAGGAAGCUUGGACUUAUUCAGCUUGAGUUAGAUGAUGAUAAGAAAUUGGUAUCUGACCUUUUAGAAACUAUGUAUGUCACAGGUGCAGAUUUUACAAAUGCUUUCCGCUUGCUCAGUUCAUUCUCAGUAGACUCGGAUGCUUUAAAACUGGAAGACUUCUUAGAUAAGAUUUCAAAGCAAUGUGCUUCAUUAGAAGAGUUAAAAGUUGCUUACAAGCCUCAAAUGGAUCCCAGACAGCUUUCAAUGAUGCUUAUGUUAGCACAGUCUAACCCACAACUCUUUGCCUUAAUUGGAACAAAAUCCAAUAUAAAUAAAGAAUUGGAACGGAUUGAACAGUUUUCUAAGCUGCAGAAUUUACCAGCAGCUGAAUUGCUCAGUAGAAAUAGAGGACACUGGAAAGAUUGGCUGCAGAACUACAGGGUUCGGCUAGAAAAAGAAAUGGAACAUGUUAGUGAUGUUGAUACUUGGAAUGCUGAGCGUGUGAAGAUUAUGAAUGCAAACAAUCCGAAAUAUAUCUUGAGAAACUACAUAGCUCAAAAUGCUAUAGAGGCAGCAGAAAAUGGUAACUUCAUAGAGGUAAGGAAAAUCUUGAAACUCUUAGAAAAGCCAUAUGAAGACAUAGAACCUGAUAGUGAAGUAACUGAGGAGUCUGAAGGGGAGGAUGCUGUGGCUGCUGCUGCCUGCAGUUCAGCAACCAGGACCAGCCUUCCAUACAGUAGUAAACCUCCACUUUGGGCUUCAGAACUCUGUGUUACAUGAUCUUCGUAACUGCCUUGUGCUUUCCACGAAGGGAUCUUGAUCUUCUCAGUAGUGGAGAGUGCAGCAAGGCGCAGUAGAAGUGCUACUAUCUCUCAAACAGAUUGUUUGGAUGUCUUCACAGAGCUGACAAUCAGCUCGCCAUGCACACUGUCAAGGUGAUGGGGAGACAGUUUUAUCUUCUUUCUUUAGUGCUGUUAACUCCACUAAACGCAGUUACAUAUUUACGCACACUGAUCUGUGAACAUCUAAAUGAAAUCUGUUUUUAUGAAGACAAAAAUAGCACACCAAAUGGAUAUAUUUUUGUCUGAAAAUGAAGUAAUAGUGCUUCCUAACAUUUGUGACACUUUAUUAUGCAGGGACAUUUGAUUCUCUCUUAGUGGGGAAGUGGGUUUAAGCUCAUCAUUGCUUAUUUGAAGCUAUGUUUCAAUCGUGUAGUUCACUUAUUGCGAACUUUUAAGUUUAUAUCAUGGUUUUUAGAGUGUCAUUCGGCACUAGGGAAAACAGCAAUAAUCAUUUAUAUAAGAAUAGAGACAACUAAGAACAAUGGAAUUUCAAAGAACUGUAGCAAGUAUCCAUGUGUGUAUCUCCCAAUUGAUUUAUGCCGCCAUGCUUCUGGUUGGACUGUAUCCAGUUUUUAGCCUUAUGCAGGUAAUUUGUUUCACUAAAUCAUUAACACACGACGAGCACAGUCCUGAAAAAGGUCUUCAUUGCUAAUGACAGCUGUUACAUGUUAAGCAGUUGGAAGGACUGAAUCCAGUCCUCUCUCCUCCUGUGCCCAACAGGUGACCGAUAUUGUCACUGCAGGAUAUCGCCAUGGCAUGCAACUUUAAACUUGAUUGCUUCAAUAGGAUAAUGUUGCCAAAAUUUAUUUGAAAAAGCAUUCAGCAUUUUCCACACAAUGCUUUCCAUAUUCAAAUAUUGUAUGCUUUCGGAUGUAAUUUAUUUCCUAUUUAUCAAUGUUGCUACCUCAGGAAUGUUUUCCUCUCUCACACUGUUUCCUAAUAGAAGGAAGUGUUCAUGGUAAUAGCAUUUGCAUUGUUUAAAAAACAUAUAUUGAGCAAGUGAAAAUUCAGCAAAACUGAAUGAAAACAAACAUUCAGAGUAGUGAAAGGAGAUUCAGUUACAGUGAUGGGCUCCAUGGCAGUAACGAAGGUCAAAGUACCCUUCGUUAUACUGCCCAAUUAAGAUGUGGCAGUGCAAGAGGUGGGAUGUACUUCCAACGGAGCAUUUUAAAUUAAGUGUAUUAACCAAACUUUGAACUCCCAUGUAUAGUUCAGUUGUUCCUACUGUAUUGUCUUAUUUUCAUUGAGCUGGAGAUCUUGGUGAUACACCUCUUAGGUGUGUGUUGUGUCUUUUCUUCUUAAUAAUGAAAAUACACGUUAGUGGUUCUCAAGAAUAUUUGAUUCUGGAAUGUUGACAAAUGUUCUCACUUUCAUUAUGAUUAGAAGGCAGGGCUGGCUCAUUGCUGUUAGGCUCAAGUAGUGAAUAGCAACAAGCUGUCCUGCCCCCUGGGCCUCACCCUCUCUUCCCAACCAGCCUGGAGUGCGUUGCUGUGCUUGCACACCAGCAUGGCAGUGUGGAGAGUGCAUUGAAUGACCGCAGCUCCUUUGCUAGCUGACAAGGUCUUUGUCCCAAUCAGCAAGUCUUUUUUGUGGCUUUUUCAGGCUCUUAUUUGCAGGCUUGUAUAAACAACAGAAACAACCAGAGCCUAUAAUAAGUAUAAAGGGGUGGCAAAUGCCCAUAAUCCAGCUUUAGCUGAUUUUGCUAAUUAAACUAUUCCAUAUGAAUGUGUUUAUGAUGCUUUAAAUAAAAUAUUACAUUGCAUUCUUGAUGGGUGUUAGGCCACUUCUGCAUAUGAGAUCAUUUCCAUGAAGCUAUGGCCCUGAGCUGUACAAUAAAAAUAAAUGAAUUUGAUCACAUACAUAUCAAGUGUAGUGUCUCUGUAAUUUUUAGAUGAGAGAUUCUGAAAGUAGUCUAUAAGCCCCAUCCGUUUGGUCUGCAGGGUCAACCAGUGCAAAAGUAAAAAGGUUGGUUGCUCGCUCACACUUGCUUCUACCGAGUGGCAGCAUGAAUUGUCUGCAUUUGUCAUGCUGUUGUGAGGCAACAGGGUGGGGAGGGAGAAAUAGCUGACCACCCCAGUGUGAUGAGGUGGGAAGCAAAAUAACACUCCACACCUUUAUUAAUUCUCUUGGGAGGAAAAAGUACAGGAAAAAAGUAUGUAAUCUCAGUUGUUACUCAGCCCUAGAAACUGCUGCCUUGCCCUGUGUCCCUGAUGGAGGUUCGCCCCUCUCAAACCCAACCCUUGCAAGCUUUGAAAAGUGGCACACAGGGCCAAGGGAAAGGUGCCAGCAGCCUUCUCUCCACCUGCUUCCUGCAAGCUUGGCAAGGACUGUGAGAAGCAGCACUCCUUGGCAAAACAUGCAAGGAUCUGAUUAGUCCCAAAGUCCUGCUUCAAUGGGGGUGGCCGUGGGGGGCAACUGCCUCAUGAACAUACUGCCUCUGCAUGCAUUUUCAUAACUGCAGAGGCACCUUUUAAAGUGAUGCUUUUCUUCUACUCAGCAGAAUUGUCCCUAAUCAAUCCAGUAGAGCGUUUCUCAAAAGGAUGCUAUAUCCCCCAUGAAUUUAGAUUGAUUUCCUUGGCCCAGAGUUUCCAGUUUUCUCAUACCCUUCUUGAUGAAAAGCAGUAUAAUACAAAAAUAAAAUUAGCUAUAAUAGGGAACAUCCCUCACUACAGAGUGGUAAGUGAGUUUUAGUGCUCUGUAGCAAAGCAGUUCAUAUAUGCAACACAUAAUAUGAGCUAACAAAUGAAAUGAGUUCGGCUGAUCAAGGAAAUGAAGUUUCUAGAGUGACUAUGACAGGAUUUGUACAGGAUUUGAGAACAAGAGAAUGAAACUGCUUGACUUACAAAAAUAAGUUCAAUCCUUAUGUGCUGGCUGUCAUACCAGGCAAGGGUACAUCAGUCCAGUAAUGUUCCACACAAGUUGUGAAAGUUAAUACAAACAUUACACAAGAGUAUGCAGGCAUUGCUGGGCUGACCUAACCUUGCACAUUGUGUCAGCCAUUGACUUUUGGGGCACCUACACAAGACCAUCUUCCUUGUAGGGUUUAUGGUCAGGAGAGGUGUGAUUGGCUCACUUUGCUGAUGCUGUGCCAUAAGAAAUUUAGGUGGUUCAGUAAGAGUUGUAGACAAAUACCUGAGAAGGAUUUCAUGACUCCAUUUGAAAAAAGAUAAGACCAAAUAAUGUUUGGAAUAAAGCUUUUACUCUGGAUACUUACAUACUAAUUACAAGGUUCUAUGUGUUUGUUUUCCUUGUUUACUUCUCAUAUGAGAAGGUUCUUCUCUCAUGAGAACCUUCUCGCAUGAGGUUUCACAAUGCCACAAGAAUGAAUUUACACAUUAACAAAUUUACAUUGAUGCACACAUUGCUGUACUGACACUGAGUGACAUGCUUUUCCGUAUCGAUGAGAGAGAAAAAUCUGCCAUGUUACAAUCUUUCUAGAUUUUAACAUUUUCUAUAGAUCCUUUAAGGAAAAAAGUUUCUUAGAAGCAUCUUACAUUAGCAAGUUUCAUAAACAUACAUUUGUAGCGGACCCUCUCAUUCUAGCAGUAGUUUGUGGUGUCUUAUUAAAGCUCAGUUGUCUUUGUAAUAGUUAUUAAAGUUGAUUCGCAGGAGGAAGUCUUCCAAGUGAGGCUGGUACCCUCUGUUUACAAGCUUAGUUACUACUGCAGGUAGAUGAAAGAAAGAUUUAGAACAUUCAAUACAUUAUCACCUACGAUUUGUUCAAAGUAGUACAUGAUGAAAUAAGUGCAAUUCUGCUUUUUCAGAACUAUGUUGUAAUUCAUCUUCAUUUUAUUGUAAACCACACUGAAAGCCCACUUGAGGAAAGUUUAAAUAAAUAAUUCUGGAAAUGUUAAGUAACCUUAUCCAUGUUGUUGAUAAAAACUAUACAGGGUGCACCAA